UUCCCUAAAGUAGUGAGCCGGGCAGAUGGAGGAGGGACUGUAAUGGCGGCGGCCGGCGGUUCCCUGCUCUGACCCACGGCAGGCGUACAGCAGCGACUCCCACCUCGCCCCUUUACCAGGCCGCCUCCGCCCCGCCGCCAGCGCGGGGUCACCCUCCCCGGCGCUCCCCCCAGCCAUCGGCGUCUCGCCCUGCGCCCCGGCCGGGGCCCCACACACAAUGGACGAGCUCGCCGGAGGCGGUGGUGGCGGCCCGGGGAUGGCGGCCCCUCCACGGCAGCAGCAAGGGCCGGGGGGAAACAUGAGCCUUUCUCCAGGGGGAAAUGGAGCAGCGGGAGUAGGGGGUCCUCCGGCCGUCGAGGGUGCGGGUCCCGCGGCAGGCCCCGAGCUGUCCCGGCCGCAGCAGUACACUAUCCCGGGAAUCCUGCACUACAUCCAGCACGAGUGGGCUCGGUUCGAAAUGGAGCGAGCGCACUGGGAGGUGGAGCGGGCCGAACUGCAGGCCCGGAUAGCAUUUUUGCAAGGAGAAAGAAAAGGUCAAGAAAACUUGAAGAAAGAUCUAGUAAGAAGAAUAAAGAUGUUAGAGUAUGCAUUAAAACAGGAGAGGGCAAAAUAUCACAAAUUAAAAUAUGGCACAGAACUUAAUCAAGGUGAUUUGAAAAUGCCAACGUUUGAAUCAGAAGAAACCAAAGACACAGAGGCUCCUACGGCACCUCAAAAUAGCCAGUUAACGUGGAAGCAAGGAAGACAGCUGUUAAGACAAUAUCUUCAGGAAGUAGGUUACACAGAUACAAUAUUAGAUGUACGGUCUCAGCGAGUAAGGUCAUUACUUGGACUAUCUAAUUCAGAACCAAAUGGAUCAGUAGAAACAAAGAAUUUAGAACAGAUCCUGAAUGGAGGUGAAUCUCCUAAGCAAAAAGGACAAGAAAUCAAAAGGCCCUCUGGUGAUGUUCUUGAGACAUUCAAUUUCUUUGAAAAUGCCGAUGACAGUGACGAAGAGGAGGAAAAUGACAUGAUUGAAGGCAUCCCAGAAGGAAAAGACAAACAUCGAAUGAAUAAACACAAAAUAGGUAAUGAAGGCUUAGCUGCUGACCUUACUGAUGAUCCUGAUACUGAGGAAGCACUGAAAGAAUUUGAUUUUUUAGUGAAUGCUGAAGAUGGUGAAGGAGCUGGGGAAGCACGGAGUUCAGGGGAUGGCACAGAAUGGGCUGAACCAAUAACGUUUCCAUCUGGAGGAGGCAAGUCAUUUAUUAUGGGUUCUGAUGAUGUUUUGUUAAGUGUACUGGGCCUUGGAGACCUUGCAGACUUGACGGUAACAAAUGAUGCAGACUAUAGUUAUGAUUUGCCUGCCAAUAAAGAUGCCUUUAGAAAGACAUGGAACCCGAAGUAUACACUACGUAGUCAUUUUGAUGGAGUACGGGCAUUAGCUUUUCAUCCUGUAGAACCUGUGCUGGUUACUGCCUCGGAGGACCACACUCUUAAACUUUGGAACUUGCAAAAAACAGUUCCUGCCAAAAAGAGUGCCUCUUUAGAUGUAGAGCCUAUCUACACAUUUAGGGCCCACAUUGGCCCUGUUCUAUCAUUAGCUAUUAGUUCUAAUGGAGAACAAUGUUUUAGUGGUGGUAUUGAUGCAACAAUCCAGUGGUGGAAUAUGCCUAGUCCUAACGUGGAUCCAUAUGACACAUAUGAGCCAAAUAUUCUAGCUGGCACUUUAGUUGCUCAUACAGAUGCUGUCUGGGGUCUUGCAUACAGUGGCAUAAAAAAUCAGUUACUGUCUUGUUCAGCAGAUGGCACUGUUAGGUUGUGGAAUCCACAAGAAAAAUUGCCAUGUAUUUGCACUUACAAUGGAAACAAAGAGCAUGGAAUACCAACUUCAGUUGACUUUAUAGGCUGUGAUCCAGCUCAUAUGGUGACCUCUUUCAACACUGGUAAUACAGUCAUUUAUGAUUUAGAAACAUCUCAGUCGUUGAUGAUAUUUUCGUCACAGAUAGAUUCUGGUUUACAAUCCAGUAAUCAUAUUAACAGAGUAGUAAGUCAUCCCACACUUCCUGUUACAAUAACUGCUCAUGAAGAUAGACACAUCAAGUUUUUUGACAAUAAAACGGGUAAAAUGAUCCAUUCUAUGGUAGCUCAUUUGGAUGCUGUUACAAGUCUAGCAGUAGAUCCUAAUGGAAUUUAUUUGAUGUCUGGAAGCCAUGACUGUUCUAUUAGAUUGUGGAAUUUAGACAGCAAGACAUGUGUGCAAGAAAUAACAGUACAUAGGAAGAAAUUAGAUGAAUCGAUUUAUGAUGUUGCUUUCCAUCCAUCAAAAGCAUAUAUUGCCAGUGCAGGGGCUGACGCCCUUGCCAAAGUAUUUGUGUGAAUCAGCCAAAACUCAUCCUAACAACUGAUUUACUUGGACAGAAAGAGGGUCUGCAUCACUGCCAUCGAUAUGAAAGGUUACUGAUAUGACACUACAUGUGUUCUACCUAGGGAAGGCUAUUUGGGGCAGGCAUAAAUUGGUAGAAAUCACAUCUAAAUGUCAGGCUCAUUAAUUUAAUUGUAAUUGCUGUAUUUUGUGGGACUAAAAAGGGACUCCAGUAUUUGUGGCCUAUAAUGGGUAUGAACUGAGCAUAUGUCUGUUUUUUAGGUAUCUUUAAGCCAGUGUGGAGUCUGAUCUUACAAAAAGACUUUUAUUUUGGACUCUGUGUGCUGCCUUAGGGUUAGGAAAGUGGUGCUCUUGUGGGGAGGGGGGGGGGAAGUGAGCUCCAAGAGUAGCUUUUUUUCAUCUCCUAGUGAUCUUCUGUUUAUCAGUUGAAUGCCACAGAUUCCCUUUUAAACUUAUUUUGCUUUAAAAAAAAAAGAAAAAGAAAAUUUAACUUAAAAUAUUUUAGCAUUAGUUGCACAAAAUGUUUGGAUAAAAUUCUAGUUUUUAUAAGUCUUUUUAUAUAUUUAGCCUGUCACUACAGUGCUCAAGAUUGUAUUGAAGUUUUUCUGCAUUAAUACAACCCUAAAACACAGAAAUCUCACUGACCCGCUACCGUGUAACCACACCUUUUCCUUCUUUUGCCUAAUACAGCUCAGCUAAGUCCUUCCAUAGAGAUGCUAAAUCAUCUUCAUCAUCACUAUUUGUCUUCUUUAUAAACCAAGGACUAUUAAGUGUAUUAAAAUGAAACCAAUGGGGUUUAGUACUCCAAAUGAACUCUUAAAAAGAAAAAAAAAAGCUAAUCUUGGCAUCCUAUCACUAUGUGAUAUUUUGUACAUCUUACUGUAUUUACAAGUUUAUUUAUCAAGGAUUAUCCAUCUUGCUAAUAGCUUAUUAUUUAUUUCACUUUUUGUCAGUCUUUAUAUCCUUUUAUUAAUGUGCUAAAAAAAGAACCUGUAUAUCUAUUUUGGAAUUCUUGAAUAGUCUAAAAUAGACUAAAAAAUGGAAUAUUUUAUAGUUUAAAGAACAAACCAAGGUGAUUCCCCCUUAAGUAUCUUGGUUUACCAUGAUUCCAAACAAAACUAUCUUGUUUAAAAAUAUUUGGCAUAAAACUUUAUUUGCAUUACAAAUAGGAUUUAAAAAAUAGUUGAAUCAGGAUACAGAAAUCUGCUGUGUUUGGAUUAGUUACCCUGUUUUAUUUUUUCAGAUGUGCUUAAUUUUAUGGUGUAACUAAAGAUUUUGUUUGUGUAAUGCAUGGUUAAAACAAUAAAGUAUUUUUUCUAGUCUUCCAAAAAACUUUUCUGAUCAGUUUGCGAGUUUUGAUGAGUUUUGUAAGGUUUUUGUUUUACAAACUAUGAAAUCAGCAAAUUUUUAAGAUUGUACCACUUAGCUAACACACAACUGUUGAAAAAUAAUGUAUAUAAAAUGCAUAUAAUAAAUAUUAAAUUGUGUACCUGUAUGUUACUGUUGGCUACAUUAUUUUGUCUUGAAUAAUAAAGUGCAAUACUUUACUCUCCAUCAUUAAACUAGGAAAUGGAGAUAAUUUCUCAGUGAGUCCUUCAUUUUUAUGCUUUUAAACUUUGCACUGCUUAUUGAUAUCCUAAUAAAACUAGAAUAAUUAACACUAUUAAGAAAGCCUUUCUAAAUUUCACCCCAUUUGGGAUUUAAAAAUUUAUCAAAAUAAGUUAGAUAAUGCAAAAUAAACAAAAAACCUCCUGCAAAGAUACUGUUGUAAAUCAUUUCCUUAGAUAUUUAUUAAAUAUGAUUUUUAGUUAAUAGUGUUGUCAUUCCUAUCUGGUCAUAGCUUUUUCCACAAAGUAAUUUAGGAAAGAAUAAACUGCAUUUUUUAUUAAAUAAAAGCUGCCUGUAUAAAUUUGAUUAGUAUCUUGAAAUGUUUUUCUUCAAUAAAAUAAUAUCCUUUUAUUUUGAAGGAAGUUGCAAGUGGAAUUAGAAGGUAACAAUAGAAAAAUUCGGUGAAAAAUUCUACUUGAAUCCCUAAUCCUUGCUGCAAAAAAAAAAAAUUUACAUUGUAUGUACAUAAAGUUUUCAUUUACCAUAAAAAUCCAAAUGGCAGUUAUGCUUACUGCUAAUAAAUUUUCAUAAAAUAGCCAUUUUAGGGUAUUCUGAACUAAAAUGUGAAUAAACAAAAAGGCGUUUUCUUUUGAACUUUUUCACAGCUAGUACUGUUUCUGGCAGCUAUUAGAAAGUAAUAAUUACUAUUUAACUGAAAUGUAACUCAU